AUGACGCCGUUCGCCGCCCGCCUGGCCGCACCGGCCGCCAUGUCCGCGCUGCUGUUCCUCCUCCUGCUCGCGGCGCCGGCCUCAGCCACCAACUUCACCUGCGCGACGGUGGGCAAAACAUGCCAGUCGGCCAUCGGCUACGCUUUGCCGAACGCGACCACCUACGGGGACCUGGUCACCCGGUUCAACAACCACGACGACGCUCGCGGAGCUCCUGGGCGCCAACGGCCUCCCCGCGUCCACGCCGGCCUCGACGCCGCUGGCGGCCAAGACCACGGUGCGCGUCCCGUUCCGGUGCAGGACGGGCUGGACCACAUCGCCCGGGACGUGUUCGACGCCUUCGUCACCUACCAGGAGAUCGCCACCGCCAACAACAUCCCCGACGUGAACCUCAUCCAGGUCGGGCAGAAGCUCAGGAUCCCGCUGCCCUGCACCUGCGACCAGGUGGACGGCGCCGACGUGAUGCACUUCGCGUACAGCGUCGCCAAGGGGGAUGACCCGCCCGGAAUCGCCGCCAAGUUCGGGGUGACCGAGAACACGCUGCUGAGUGUGAAUAAGAUCACCGACCCCAAGAGCCUGAUGCAGGGGCAGAUCCUGGAUGUACCCCUCCCUGUUUGCCAGUCAUCGAUCAGCAACACGUCGGCUGAUUACAACCUGCUCGUCCCGAAUGGCACCUACGUGCUCACCGCCGACGACUGCAUCCAGUGCAAAUGCAGUGCAAGCAACUACGAGCACCUAGACUGCAGUCCUGUGCAAGGCAGAAGGUGCCCGGCAGUGCCGUCCUGCAGUGGAGGCCUGACGCUCGGGCAGGCCAACGGCACCGAUUGCGCGUCCAGGAUGUGUGCUUACAGCGGUUAUACCAACACCACGUCUCUCACCUUACAUACCAGCCUUGUGUCUGCAAAUGAGACUGCGUGCCAGAAGGGAGGAGCUGCGAGAUCGGAGUUUGCCGGGUCCAUGUGGAGGACGUCCAUCAUCGCCUUCCACAUGGCGCUGAUCCUGAUCUGCCUCCUUUGA